CAACCCGCAAUGCUUCACCGAAUGCCACCCACGCACCCUCGUCGCAAGCAGCUCAAAACUGCUUCCACAUGAAGGAAACUCCCUCAUUCUGUAUCCUCUGAUGCCCACCCCGCUCUCCUUCCCGACGGCCAUGUCACCGACCGCCACAGGUUCCCUGUACGCUCCUCCUCCUUUCUUUCCCGAUGCCGACGAACCAGCGGCGUGGUACGGCAACAUCCAGUACCUCCUUAACAUCUCCGCCGUCGGUGCUGCAUCCUGCCUCCUCCUCUUUCUUUUCGUCAAGCUCCGCAGUGAUCAUGGCAUCCCCGGCCCCGCCGCCCUCUUCACCAAGCUUCUCGCCGCCUACCAUUCUACAGCUACCCAGAUCGCACUCCACUGCGGCGCCGACGCAGCCCAGUUUCUCGGCAUCGAGCGCUCAAGCUUCAUUGUCUUGGCUUCUCUCUCCGUGAUUGCAAUCGUCUUCGCCCUCCCUCUCAACCUCUGCGCUGGCGAUGCUCCGAUCGUGGAUCAGUUCACCCGCACCACCAUCUCUCACAUCUCCGCAGGUUCGUCCCUCAUGUGGCUCCACUUCAUCUUUACGGUUUUGGUUGUCGUUGUUGCGCACUUGGGCAUAUGUAGGAUGGAGGAUGAACUUAGAAUUACGAGGUUCAGGGAUGGCAGUGGAAACCCUAGUGACCCAAAUUCUAACUCUGUUGCUAUAUUCACCAUCAUGAUUCAGGGGAUACCCAAAACCUUAGCAUCCAGUAAAGGUCCACUGGAAGAGUAUUUUCAGCACCGGUAUCCUGGUAAGGUUUACCGAGUCAUUGUACCAUUUGAUCUCUGCUCUUUGGACUAUCUAACUACGCAAUGGGAUAAAGUCCAGAACGAGAUUUCUAUGUUAGAAGCUGGGGCAGAUGCCAGAAGUGUGACUGAUUGUGAAGAUGAUGGUUUGAACUUAGGGAGUGGCAGUCGUACGUGGAGAAAGUUAAAUGCUGCGUGGGCUACGUUGGUGUCCAUGUUGGGUUUGACGGAUGAAGAGAGGUUAAGGAAGUUGCGUAACUUUAGGUUAGUGUUGGAGACUAAGCUGUUAGACUACAGGGAAGGCAGAGCUCCGGGUGCAGGGAUUGCAUUCAUAGUCUUCAAAGAUGUCUACACCACAAACAAGGCAGUGAGGGAUUUUCGGACUGAGAGGAAGAAGAAGCCAAUAGGUAGGUUCUUUCCAUUGAUGGAGCUUCAGCUUGGCCGGAGCCGUUGGAGAGUUGAGAGAGCUCCCCCAGCUACAGACAUUUAUUGGAACCACUUGGGCCUGAGCAAGCUCUCUUCAGGACUUCGUAGAGUGGCGGUGAACACUUGUCUUGUUGUUAUGCUUCUGUUCUGUAGCUCACCCCUUGCAGUGAUAACUGCCAUGAAAAGCGCUGCAAGAAUUAUUAAUGCGGAAGCCAUGGAUAGUGCAAAAUCAUGGUUUACUUGGCUUGAGGGCUCUAGCUGGUUUGCUGCUAUAAUUCUGCAAUUCUUGCCUAAUGUGCUUAUAUUUGUAAGCAUGUAUAUAAUUAUCCCAUCCGCACUUUCAUAUCUCUCGAAGUUUGAGAGGCAUCUCACAGUUUCUGGGGAGCAGCGAGCCGCAUUAUUGAAGAUGGUUUGUUUCUUUCUGGUGAACCUUAUUCUAUUGCGUGCUCUGGUCGAGUCCUCACUCGAAAGUGCGCUACUCCGAAUGGGGAGAUGUUACUUGGAAGGUGAAGAUUGCAAACGUAUCGAGCACUAUAUGAGUGCAUCAUUUCUGUCCAAGUCUUGCCUUUCUUCUCUUGCAUUUUUGAUCACCAGUACUUUUCUUGGAAUAUCGUUUGAUCUGCUUGCACCAAUACCAUGGAUAAAGAAGACUUUAAGGAAGUUUCGCAAGAACGAUAUGCUUCAACUGGUGCCUGAGCAGAAUGAUGAUUGUUCCAUGGAGAAGAACCCUGAAGAGAACGAGAGUGAUAAUUUAAGGACGCCUCUCAUGUCUGAGAGACAAGAUAGUUCAGUUCUGAAUGGAAUUGAUGGGCAUGACCUUUCAGUCUACCCUAUUAAUAGAAGCUUUCAUGUGCCCAAGCAGAUGUUUGACUUUGCGCAGUACUAUGCUUUCAAUCUUACAAUAUUUGCCCUGACCAUGAUCUAUUCGUUGUUCACUCCACUUGUGGUUCCUGUGGGCGCCUUUUACUUCGGUUAUCGUUUUAUAGUCGACAAAUACAACUUCUUGUUCGUGUACAGAGUUAGAGGCUUCCCAGCUGGAAAUGAUGGGAAGUUGAUGGACAGGGUCUUGUGUGUCAUGCAUUUCUGUGUGAUAUUUUUUUUGCUGGCGAUGCUAUUGUUCUUCUCGGUCCAGGGAGAUUCCACGAAGCUACAGGCUAUUUUUACCCUUGGUUUGUUGUUCUUUUAUAAGCUACUGCCUUCCAAAACUGAUGGGUUUCAGCCAUCCAUUUUAGAAACAAUGCAGACUGUUGAUAGCUUUGUUGAUGGUGAAACAGAUUACGAAGUGUUCUCAAGACCUGAAUUUGAUUGGGAUUUAUAUCAAUCUUGAGGCAAAGACAUGCCUCGUUGGUGUAUGACUAGAUAUGUAUUAAUUGUCGUUUUAAAAGUUAAUUUUUCAUAGCAUCUAAAUUCUUUAAUGCUGCAACACAAGCUCAUCCCAUAUGUUUGCUGGGCGCAAUAUAAACUAAAGUUCUCCUCCAUCGUGGGAUUUGAACUUCUCUUGUUCCUUGAAUCAUUCUUAGCUUAAAGUUCUCAGUUUUGGAAUCAUACUCUUAUGGACAGAUUUAAAAAAAAAAGAAUCAGCAGUAAUACUGUCUUCAUCACGUGAUCUUUCACAAGCCGGUAGUCUGCAUGCAUCGUGCGGCCUUAAUAGCGCAGUAGAUAUCUUAUGGGAAGAGGGGUUGGUCGUUUAGUUGGUCAUCUACCUCGAGGUUAUUGCAUUCCAAUGCCCUUGUGUCUAAUCUCCUUUUGUUUUAAAAUUCAAUACGUCAGAUUUAUUGUGAUUACUGCAUUUAUUCCUCAUUCCCAUCUCUUUCGUGUUACAUAUUCGAUAACUCCUGACAUGGAGGUAAAUGUUUUGGGAAUGCUUAUCUUAGAAGUACAUCAACUUAAUAUC